GAAUUGCCCUUCCUCCAAGUUACCAGUCCCCUGUGCCUUCCUGCCCUGGACACACUGUGAGGCUGCUGUCUUAUGUCUUGUGUAUUUUCCUCCUUCCGCCAGGAUGUGGGUUCCCAGAGCCAGGCCAUAUUCUUCUUGCACCCUCAGCAAAGCCCACUUAACCAGGGGCUGCGAUAUUGAGGGCAGCUUCCCACACCCAGGGCCCUCACAUCAACCCCAGAGAAACUCUUCUGGGCCAGACUCCACAAUCCUCAGGCCUCCGCGGCGCUAGGGGGCGCUGUGGAAGCUCGGUCCACGCUCCCCGGGAUCCUGGGACCGAGGUCGCCCGCCCCAACGGCGCGAUGGGCUCCGAGGCGGCCCAGCUGUUGGAGGCGGCUGACUUCGCGGCUCGCAAGCACCAAUGGCAGCGGCGGAAGGACCCCGAAGGGACCCCCUACAUCAAUCACCCUAUCGGUGUGGCUCGUAUCCUGACCCACGAGGCAGGAAUCUCUGACAUUGUGGUGUUACAGGCAGCCCUGCUCCAUGACACGGUGGAGGACACAGACACCACCCUGGAUGAGGUGGAGCUGCACUUCGGGGCACAAGUGCGGCGUCUGGUGGAGGAGGUAACAGAUGACAAGACUCUGCCCAAGCUGGAGAGAAAGCGGCUGCAGGUGGAGCAGGCACCCCACAGCAGCCCCGGGGCUAAACUGGUGAAGCUGGCAGACAAACUGUACAAUCUGAGGGACCUGAAUCGCUGCACCCCAGAGGGAUGGUCCGAACACCGAGUCCAGGAAUACUUCGAGUGGGCAGCACAGGUGGUGAAGGGGCUUCAGGGGACAAACCAACAGCUGGAAGACGCUCUAAAGCAGCUGUUUAAGGAGCGGGGGCUGACACUCUGAGCAGUAUUUGGAGCCAUCCAGUGGCACAGACUCCAUCCUUACCCAGGCCAGAGAAGAUUCAUACUUCAGCCUUUCGGUGCCUCCCGAGCUUCCUCCCUGGUUCACUCAGCCCAGGUAUUAGAGACCAAAUACACGUGUCCUUUCUCACUCUGAAGAUCUGCCAACUAAGCUGAGCCCCAGAUUGUGGGAUGAUGCGCCCCACCCAUUUCUAAUGCAUUCACUGCCCUUCUCCAGGCCUUGGGUCUGAUUGCAUGGUGGGAUCUCUGGCCCCUCAGGGACUUGGGCUUAUAUAUAAACGCUAGUUCAAAAGUCAUUAUGCAAAAUAAAACAUUUGGAUAAAGGUU